AUGGCCGACAGCCACUUCAGCACGCAUGCGGCAGGAAGAGUGCGUGAAAUUGGUCAGGAACUGCAUGACCUCGAAUCGCAUAUACUGUAUACGUCGCCGCUGCAACUCAGCACACGGCUAUUUGACGCACAGACCGAGGCACUCGUGCGCGGCAUGGUCUGGCUGUCAUGGGCCGACUGCCAUAGCCUCCUCGAGAUAUUCCGCCACUUUGAGUACGUGGACAGUCGCGGCCAGCCAACAUCGCUGGUCGACGGAUAUGCGUCGCGGCUGACGGGUGGCGAGCGCAAAGCGCCAGAGACUGGCACGGGUAAAUGGUGGUGGAGGUGGGGUGGCAGUAGCGAGAAUGAUGAUGGUGAUGAGGAAGGUGCAGUGAGACGCGCUGCAUGGGACCUGGUCUCGAGCGUGUUCGCUAGGGCCACGGCGCUGCAGAUUACGGCCGAAGCAGAGGAGGUGUCGGAGAGCGACGCGCAGGCGGUGCUGACGUGGUUCCCGCGGCUCGAGUACCUAGACAUCCAGGGCAUCCCGCGCAAUGCGCUGCUGUUCUGGGAGACGUGGCUGCCGGAGCGCGCGUCGUGUCUUGUUGUGCGGUACGCCGGUGUUGAUCUAGUGAACCUGCUUGAUAUCAGCGCGGAGGCGAAGCAAAAGUGGCAGCAUUUGGUGCUGCUGGACUUGUCGGGAAGCCCGGGCAUCAACCUAGCUCCGUUCAAAGAGCUGCUGGCACCUCAGCUGCCGCAGUUAGAGCGCCUGUCGCUGGCAUCAUGCGAACUGACGCAGAUCCCGGGCACGCUCGCAAAACUCUACAAGCUGAGCUGGCUCGACUUGCAUGGCAAUGCAAUUGACAACACCAGCGAUAUAUCGCUCCGACUGGGAAAUAUCCGCCGCCUAAACCUGUCAGCAAACCGCUUGUCUAGCCUGGCAGGGAUGCAGCGGCUGUGGGCGCUCGAGCAGCUUGAUAUAUCCGACAACCUUAUUGAGAAUUGGGAAGCGGUCGCUGUGAUGCGCAAUUUGCCCUCGCUGCGGGCGCUGAGUGUAGCAGGAAACCCGUUUGCCACCCAAGACAGUAGCUACCGCGCAAGAAUAUUUGCUGCAUUCGACCAUCGUGAUAUCGGGUUGCUGCUGGACGAUGCACCUGCCCAGCCGCCGGUGACCAAGGGGCGGCGACCCAAGGUUGCGCUGAUCGAGGAGUCACCUGAAGGCGAUGCCGAGCCUGAUUCAGGCAAUCAGGAACUCGUUACAGAACCGCCGGUCGACGAGAUCCUGAGGUCAUUGGAGAAGACGCCUCGCGUUCUGCGAGCCUCUGAGCUGCAGGCUGCCACGGUAUCGUCAUCCCGACGACGAAGCCAUGUCACGGAGUCGUUGCUGAACUCGCCACGCAAGCAGCGCCGCCGGACCACGCUUGGCAAUGGCCUACCUGCAAACAACAUUUCUGAUAUCGGCGGCUUCGGUCAAUCAGUACCGGCCAGGUACUCGCAGCGGCCCACCAGCCCAGUCCCAAGUGUCAGCGGCGCAAGCGUCCGCACCGGGUCGAUAAUGCGUGAUCCUGAGCGCUACCGGCGCAGAGUUGAGAUGAUGCGUGCAGAAGCCGGGUCUUCGUGGCUGCGUGCGUUUGCUGAGCUGCAGGCCAGCUCGUCGGUAGUGCCACAGAGCCCGAUCCUCGAGGAGGACCAGCAGUCGAGUGAAUCUGCCGAUGCUUUGUCCAAGGCUAGCGUCGAGGCAUCGCCCGAAGUCGGUGUGGACAUCGAGGUCGCUGAGCGGUCUGCAACGGCGUCACCGGACACACAGCUACCAAGCUUCUUGUUCCCACGCAAGCGCGGUGCCAAGAAGAAGGAUAUUGCGAGGCUGCCGCACUAUACCGACCAGAAGAGGCCAGAGGAAGCCGAGGUCCUGAGCCCCGAGGAUGAAAUGGAGGCUUAUUCGGAGAGUGCGUCGUCGCGUGAGGUGCCAGUUGAAGAGGAGGCUGUGAGUGAGAUCCAGAUGCUGCUUCGUGGAGAAGGGGUUCGGACAGCUAUCAGUAGCGUCAGCGUAUCGGACUACAGGAUCGCACCUGUCGCUGAAUCGGCGCCAGCAGAGUUGACAGAUGCUGCAGGCAGCAGUAUUGUCCAGCGCUCACCAGCGGUUGUAUGCACACUAUACUUUACGCAAGAUGAUGUUGUCGAGGUUGCCGGUAUGCAUGGGACCGGUCUCCCUGAUGCUGUAUCUGGUGAGAGCGCAGAUAGCAAGCGCAUCAUUUCAAAGAACCCAUUAUCCGGUUUCGGCACGCCUGUCUGGACCGACUACUGCGUUGAAUCCACCGACGAUGACGCAAAGCUAUUCAUGCAGCUGUCAGCUGCUGCUGACGCAAACAACGAAGCCGGCCUUUCUGAGAACGUCUUUAAACAAGCCGAGUGCCUGCGGUGCAAUUGGCGUGGAUAUAUCGACAGCGAGCGCGAGAUCUUCGAUAUGCUGCAAAGUGAAAUGACUGUAGUUAAGCCCACAGGCGAGUUGCAAUGCCCGAGCUGCAAGCGCAGCUACCUGCGUGAAUUCUAUGCGGCUGACGAGCAGAACCUUGACGAGCCGAUCCUCUGUCAGCCCUUCAUGGCUCGUCGUAACCGCAGCAACUCAGCGUCGAAGCAAGCGGAGCAGGAAAGACAUGCCGAGAAGGCUCGGCGGGCUCGCCACGACGAACACCGGAGACAGGCUUUGGAAGCCCUGGCACUUGAUCUGCAGAUACUAGGCGAUGCUGCUACCGACGGCUUCCUGCCGUUCGCCAAGGUCACCAAUGCAAUCAGCCUGUUUCUGCAGCUCAGCGUAUUUGAGGCCGACGGCGAGCGCCUGAUGCAGUGGGUCCCGGCCGGCCUGGUCCGCCAGAUCCGGCCCCUGGUCCCGACUGCUUCGGCUACUAACCGUCGGCAGAGCAGCGGCACCAGCAAGCAGGGGACCGGGAAAUGGGGGCUCUCGUCGCUGCUGGGUACUGCACAGACAGCCGACGAGGGCAAGGCAGAGGAGGAGGCAUUUGCUGCGGUGGAGAACAAGCGGGCAUUUAUCAUUGAGCGUGGGUGGAAGGCCAGUGCUAUGCUGGCACCCGAGUUGUCUGAGCAGGCCGUGUAUUUGGCGCUGAGCUCGCAUGCUGUCUAUGUGUUUUCACCUACCUGGCACGCGCUGCAGGAUGUCCCGAGCAGCACCUGGGUCCUUCUGUUUUCGAUCCCGCUCACCUCCCUGGGCCGGAUCGACAUUGGCCCGAACCGACAGUAUCUGGCGCUCCACUCGUCGUUACUCUCGCUAGACAAGUCUGGCGAACAGUGGUCGAGAAGGGAGCUUAGCCAGCUGCUCAGCACUACCCACCCGGCGUAUCCGACGCUAGGGUACUCGCAGCUGUUGCCAAGCGAAGCCAAGGACUCAGUCGCGGCUAUGAAAUGCAAGGUGGCAGCACACCAGCAGCGGUUCUCGCUGUUCGUUGAUGGACUGCGUCUCUUCAUCCUGGUAGAGAUCGGAUACGAGACACGGGCACUCGACUCGCGUGCUGGCGAAGGCAGCGGCCGGCUGCGCGGAAUCAACCACGAUGUCGAGUGGGCCAUGCACCAUCUUGUCCAGCAGGUGUUCCUGCGCCCAUCGACAUUCGACCCGCUCGACGAGGCGCCGCUGGUGGGUGGUGACGAAGGCAGAGAACUGCAUAGCGAGCUGCUGCACACAAAGAGUGGGCGGGUUCCCGGAGCCAUUGUCGACAGUGCAAGCGGCGACAAUGUCAUCGUUGACAAGGUCACGUACGAGUUCCUCAAACUCUAUUUCUGCGUUGGACUUGCAUCUCCCACAGGGAUUGCGCCGGUCUCGCUCGUGGGCUCGCCGCAGUUCCUGUAUCUAGUCCGCGAGCGUGUUGACGUGUGGCCACCGCCCGCCCCCGAUCUGCGCGCACUGUACCGCAAAUGGCAGCGGGUAGCACCGCCCACCAUCGCACUGGAAGAGGAGCUGCGCCAGCGGUCCAAUGCGCCGAGCUCGGCCAGCUCCAAGCCGACGUCAGCUCGAUCUGGCACGGAGGAACAGGAGGACGAGGAGACUGAAGAGGAGAUCGAUAACAGUAAGCUUGUAGCGCAGCUGAUGUCGACAGAGGUCAACCAGUACGACCGUGUCCAGCACGCACGCCCUAUCGUCGAUCUGCGCCGGGUGGCAUUGCUGUCGCGGCCCAUUGCGGUGUUGCCAAAACUGCAAGCACCACCGCAGGCGUCUUCUGAGAACCUUGUGCAGCUGGACACAUUUGGGUGCACAGGUACCAGCUGGCGCGCAAUGCUGCGGAUAGAGUUUGCCACGGCGGAGGGCGCAGAGCCGGGCUGGAAUGUAUGGUUUGGGACCAGGGCGAGCGCGCAAGAGUGCGUCGAGUCGCUGCAGGUGCUGGCCAAGAGCAGCGACCAUGUGCACCCGCUUAUCGGCGGCGAGGCCAAAGCACGGCUGGUGGCGCGGCUCCAUGAGCUCGGAACUACGCAGGCGUACCGGAUGCUUGGGAGCAUUCUGAAGCGCGACCCAGACGAUGUGCCACAGGACGAGUUUUGGGCGCACACAAGGCAGGGCGUGGCCAGUGGACAGAGCGUGUGGGAAAGCGACGUCGAUUUCAUUGUGGCCCUGACCACGUUCCCUGGUCUUGGCUCGUCAGUGAUGACGGAGGUUCGCGUGGCCAUCAACAGCUGCGAGGAGGCAAGUGGCGAGACCAUCGCGGCAUUAACAGUGUUCUUCAAUGAUUUCCGGGUCUUGAGCCCCGAGCCCGUGUUUGUCAUGGGAAUUGACGAGUAUCUGUACAGAGGGCUGCCGCUCACGUGCGAGGAUGAGAGCAUAUGCGACGGGUACUCGAUGGGCAUUGAGGAAUGGCGUAGGGCUGAGCCGCCCGGUCCCUUGUCGCAGAUGACUGCGGACGAUUUGGAGGUCGUUGAAGAGAGCAGCAAAAUCAAGUACCCACGCGAAUAUCUCGAGUACCUUCUCCCGUGCUCUCAGAUUGUUGCGUGGGGCAUGGCACACCGCGACUACCAGCUUGGGCUCAUCGCAUACUAUUUGCACUCGGUGACUGCAUCGUCGAUACGUUCAUGGAACGGAUGCGGAUCACCGACGGUCCAUUCACGUUGA